UUACUGGAACAUAAUAGUGCAUUUAUUAACAGAUCCAGUAUUUUUAAAUGUAGUAUGCUCCUUUUAGUAGUUGUUUUUUUCUGUUAGUAGAUAUUAAUCAUUGUAGCUGUAAAAACUUAAUAGCUCUUCCAAUGUCACAUCUACAGAUGGCAACAAUGGAGAACGAAAUCACUCUUGAAGGAAUUAAACAUGUCAGACAAGAUAAGAGGGAGAUCAUUCACAGUCAAAGCCUUCAGCAGUGUUCAACAACAAACACAAUGUUGGAUAGCUCCCCUCAUCAAACUCCCGCUUUUCUCAAGAAAGACGUGCAAAGUGUGACUUACAAGAGCCACGUUAACACUGAUUUCCAAAGCUCUGUGACAGCACAGGGAUACAUGGCUCUGUUGGGACUUACAGACAAGCAGCUGCACGAAACUAACGUCAGCAAGACAAAAAUGUACCAAAGCACAUCAGAGAGUAGCACAACAGACCGCGAUGGACAGCAGAGCGUGACAUAUUCAACUCCCCAAAAGCUCCCAGACCUCAAAGGGGGUGUAAGCAUUCAAAAUGUGGUCAAAUUUAAGCUCUCGGAUGAAGAGUACAUCGGCAAACCGGCUGCUAUUGCUGGAAUUUAUGUGGAGUCGAGCAAGAAAAAGAUAUCCUUCCUGGAAGCUGCUGAGAAGGGCUUCCUAGCAAAGACAUAUGCCCUGGAGUUUCUCGAGGCUCAGGCUGCAACAGGAAGCCUUACAGAUCUGGCUACCGGACAAGUGCAUUCAGCUGCCGAGGCAUUGGAGAGGGGGAUUAUAGAUCCGAGCCUGAAAGACAGGCUGAUGGAGGCUGAGAAAGCUAUUAGCGGCUACAUCUUUAAAGGCAAAAAGCUGUCUGUGUUUCAGGCCAUGGAGGAAAGGAUUCUCGAUAGAUACAAAGCUAAAAAGAUCCUCGAGGUCCAGGUUGCUACUGGAGGACUGAUAAACCCAGCGACCGGGGUCAGGGUGCCAGCUCACAUUGCUGUAGAUCAGGGUCUUUUGAACAAGGAGACUCUACAGAGUCUCUAUGAUCCAGUCGGUAACCCCAAAGGUUAUCACAACCCUGACACUGGACAGAAAGCAUACUACUCUGACAUACUGAAGGCAUGCUUGUAUGACAUCAGUGGUGGAGUGUUUCUCUUCCCGUUUGGUGAGAGGCACCUAACAAGCACAUCUCCUGCCAGCUCUCAUAGGGUGUCAGUUGUCAACAGCAACUGUGGCACUGAGAUGUCAGCGUAUGAAGCAUUCAAGGGGAAACACAUUGACAAGAAGACAUAUCUGUUUCUGUCACAGCAGGAGAGUGAAUGGCAGGAAAAGUCCACAGCUGACCCCAGUGGAACCCCACUUCACAUCAUUACUGAUGUCAAAAGCGGUCGACAGCUUUGUCUAGAGUCGGCUCUAAGUCAGAGAUUCCUGGAAUCGUCUGAGCUUGAGAGCUAUCGCAGAGGUCUUCUUAGUAUCACUGAGAUCGCAGACAUGAUAUUUUCAAGAAUGGUUGUUGUGGAAGAUGUUAACAGCCCCAUUGCUGGACUUUGGGAUGUCACUCAGAAGAAAAGGCUUUCGGUUUUUCAGGGUUUUCAACAGGGCUUUACUGACAGAGCUACUGCUUUACGGCUGUUAGAGGCCCAGGCCUGCACUGGAGGUAUUUGUGACCCCUCAUGUGGAGAGAGAGUUACCCUCACCGAGGCUCUCAAAAGAGGUCUUUUGGAUGAAGCACUGAGUCAGCAGCUUCUGCAGUUUGACCGAGCAUUUAAUGGCUUUAUUCAUCCCAAGACUGCAAAGACUUUGUCUGUUUCCCAGGCUGUUCAGGAAAAUCUCCUCCCAAAAGACGCCGGUUUCCGCUGUAUUGAAUUCCAGCUCCUGACUGGAGGAUUGAUAAAACCUGACACCCAAGACAGAAUCUCACUUGAAGAAGUCGUUCAGAGCGGACUCGUUGAUAAAGUUACCGCCACUGUACUCAAAGACGAGAAGUUCCACACCAAAAGCCUCACCUGUCCAAGGACCAAGAGAAGAAUUACAUUCAAAGAGGCUCUGGAGAGAAGCGUGUACGACUGCCACACCGGGUUAAGGUUACUGGAAGCUACAAAAUCCCACGGUUUUGGACCAAAGUCAACAUUUCAUUAUGUUUGGGCAUAUAAAUAAAAACCUGUCAGUUAUUAUAGCAUUAGCCUUGGUGGGGUGGAUUUAAAGUCAGUGAGUCUUUUCUCGUUACCUUUGACCUUUUGAUAAACAAAGAUGUUAUUGUCAAUGAAGCCUCGCAUUGCUGAACUGGUUAAAAGUAUUUGUAUUUCAGUGCUGCUGAUUCAGUACAUGGUUGUCCAAAGCUUUCUUGUGUCUUCUUCUUUUGGUUUUUGAUGAUUUUAACCUGAUUAUGAAUAGAUUUUGACAGCGGCCCUCGCUCUCUUCCUGUGUUUUGGUUUAUUUUUGUAGCAAAGUUAACAAUCUUGUUAAAAGCCCGUCUAUUUUAA